AUGGCUACACUUAACGGAAACUCUCCCUCGGAGGCCCCUCUCGUGAUCGUUGUGGGAGCAGGCCUUGGCGGCCUCUCAGCAGCUGUUGCUAUCGCAUUAACCGGACACUAUCGCGUGCUCGUCCUUGAAGCAGCAUCCAGGCUCGGAGAGAUUGGCGCAGGCAUUCAGCUGUCAUCGAACUGCUCCAAACUUUUGAUACGUUGGGGCUGCGCCAAGUAUCUCGAGCCUAACGUUGUUGCACCGCAUCGUGGCCGUGUCUGUCGGUGGCAGGAUGGAGAGAUACUAACAGAGCGAAUCAUGAACCCGGCUGCCGAGGAGAAGUUUGGGGCCCCGUACUGGCACAUUCACCGGGCUGAUUUACAUCAAGGCCUUUUGGAUAGAGCAAGACAGCUGGGCGUGGAGCUACGGACCAGCACCCCUGUUGCAAAGGUCCGCACGGGUGACGACGAGACAAGCCCAGGGGUGAUAUUGGAAUCGGGUGAGACGUUGGAAUGCAGAUUUGUCGUUGGGGCCGAUGGCAUUCACUCGAAAAUCAGGACCACAUUGUUUCCUGGGUUUGAGAAGCCCCGUCCCACCGGCGAUCUUGCCUAUCGCUUUCGUGUUGCUACAGCUGACAUGUUGGACGACGAAAUCCUCAAGCCCCUGGCUGAAACACCCGAUACUCACAGCUGGUGGGGUCCCGGAAAGCACAUUGUCGGAUACAUGUUGCGUGGAAAGCAAAUGUACAACGUCAUUACCUUGUUCCCUGACGAUGGGUCUCUUGGAGACGCCACGCGUGGAACAGGUACGAGUGAUCACCUAAAAGAGAUUUACGAUGGAUGGUGUCCCAAAGUUACGCGUUUGAUCGAAAAAGCGCAAGAGAGCCAACUAAUUAAAUGGAAAUUGAUGGAUCUGCCACCUUUGGAGAAAUGGAACGUCGGCCGCUGUGUCCUUCUGGGAGAUGCUUGUCACCCAAUGUUACCAUACCUUGCCCAGGGCAGUUGCUCAGCAAUGGAGGACGCAGCCUUUCUGGCCGAAUGUUUGAAGCAUUUACCUGAUCAAUUGGAAAUCGCUGCAGACAUUUACUCCAGAUAUCGAAAGCCGCGAGCUACCAAAAUCCAGAUGUUUUCCCGUGAUCAAAGAGCCAGAAACCAUCUUCCAGAUGGCCCUGAGCAGCGCGAGAGAGAUGCUGUCUUGAAGAAUCCGGAUCAGCAGACCAGGGCCCAUGUGUGGACAUGGGAUGCGGCCGACGGCAGCCCGGCGGGGGAUUGGGUCACAGGAUUGCAUGGCUAUGACGCGGAACACGAAGCUGUUAAGGCUAUUAGAUCUGAGGGACUGGCUCUUUCGAAAAUUUGA